UGCAGGGCAGAGAUUGAGAAAGAGGCUGUGUUGUGUUCCAUUCCGCUUCCUCCUUUCCUGGAGUGCUCGACCACAGGACUUAAAUCCCGCCCCCGGGUGAGCAGCUGACUCUGUGUGUGUGGGUGGUGUGUGUGUGGGUGGUGUGUGUGUGUGUUUGAGCAGUACAGAGCGAACAGCGAGCCGAGAGGCAUCUGUUUCUCGACACAGGAAGACAUGUUUGCAUUUCUCAUUCUCACUCUUGUUGGAGUUCUAAUAACAUGCUUCAUUUUGCAUCAUUGUUUCUUCAAACUGCCAAUGUGCAAGUCUAAAACUCAACUGCAUGGGAAAACUGUGAUCAUAACUGGGUCCAAUGCUGGUAUUGGGAAGCACACAGCGCUGGACUUGGCCAGAAGGGGCGCCAGAGUCAUUCUUGCCUGCAGGGAUCAGCAGAGAGCUGAGGCAGCCGUAGCAGACAUCAAACAGAUGAGUGGAAGUAAUGAAGUGCUGUACAUGCACCUGGAUCUGGCCAAACUGAGCUCAGUGCGGACCUUUGCUGAGAGCUUCCUCAAAAGAGAGCAGCGGCUCGAUAUCCUCAUCAACAACGCAGGGAUUGCAAUAGACGGAAAGACGGAGGAGGGCUUCGGAAUAAUCUUUGCUGUCAAUCACCUGGGGCAUUUCCUGUUAACCCACUUGCUGCUGGACCGCCUGAAAGAGUGCGGCCCCAGCAGAAUUGUCAACGUGUCCUCGGCCGGCCAUCGGAAGGGGAACAUCGACUUUAACUGCCUCAGUACCCAUCGAGACCUCCUGCCCGCCGGGUACUCGGGAAUUGAUGUGUUAGCCGUCUACUGUCACAGCAAGCUGUGCAAUGUGCUCUUCACACAUGAGCUGGCCAAAAGACUGCAAGGGACAGAUGUGACCUGCUAUUCUCUACACCCAGGCGUGAUCGGGACGGGCAUCGCCCGACACGGGGCAGCCCUGUGGCACAGGCUUUGGCAGCUGCUGGGCGUGCUGUUCUUCGCCAGCGUGGAGGGGGGCGCCCAGACCACGCUGCACUGCGCCCUGGCGGAGGGCAUCGAGCCGCUGAGCGGACGCUACUUCUCCCGGUGCGGCCUGGACCAGCCCGACCCCAAGGGCACGGACGACGCGGCCGCCAAGAAGCUCUGGGAGCUGAGCGAGCGCUUCUGCGGGCUGUCCUGAAGGAUGGAAGGAAGGAAACGAAGGAUAGACCACAUUUCGCCUACCUGUACAUUUUGCCUACUGUUCGCCUACUGCUUACUCCUACAUUAAUGAAGGAAGCGAAGGACAGCACUCCUCAGAUUUUUCUCUGUUUAUUCACCAAGCAAAAAUCUGAAGAGGGCUGUUCUUCGCUGCCUUCAUUCAUCUGUGUUUUUUCUGGGAUUCAGCACCCAGUCAAAAUCUGCAUUUUUCAGUAUACGAUAGUGUGAGCAUGUCUCCUCUACUUAACAAAUGCACUGAGGGAUGGACAGAGGCCAGGGUGGCUGGAUGGACUGAGGACAGGGUGGAUGGAGGGUGUAGCAGCAAUUUGUGGGGGUCCUAUGUCAGAGACGGUCUUUUAGGACUGAGAAAAUCUUUGCCUAUGUACAAUCAACUCCAAUACCCCCCCAGUCAUUAUAUCUAUAUAAAUCAAACUGUGUGGGCCCCUUAUAUAGCCUACAUGGGGCCCUGGUGACCUCAGUACGUCAUCCCCCGGACGGGACGGAGGACAUAGUGGAAUGGAGCUCUGUGUGAAGAUUCUUGCGGUCUCAUCUUUGUCAAAAGAGGUUUGUUGUAUGCAAGCACCUUCAAAAAUCCAGUUGUUUCCAGCUUAACUCUUAUGGCGCAGAGAGACGAACUGCUUUGCUGACUGCAAGGUCAAUGGCAAGGUGGAGGUCAUGUUGAAAUGUCUUUGAUGUCGUCAGAGAGGGCAAUUUGGAGGGAAGGGACUGUGGACUGGGGCCAUUGUAAUAAGGUGCCCAAAUGGCAAAGUUUAGAGUUGGGGACAUUACCUUGUUUUUCCUUCGAAAAUUGCUGACUUCACCAUCAUUUAGUGUACUCCUGGUCUAUCCACCUGUAUUUUUUUUCCAAACUUAAAAAUGUGUUUUGAAAUUUCUUUUCAGUGGAUAAUCAUCAACUUGUAACGUGAUACAUCAAAGGAACUUCUGUUCUGAAUUCAUUGUGUUGUGCUUGAUGGGUUAUAGCAAGACACAGCAUGUUCAGCAAUGCAGGCCCUGUCUCUUUUGUCCUCUAUAAGAGACGGUGUCUCUCUGAACUUAAAGGUAGAGUAUGAGAUAUUUUUAGUACUUUCUUUCCAGAAUGUAUUGCCGUCCAUUCAGGAAUUCAAUUUUUUCAUGAAUAUUCACCACCACCAUCAAUUUAUUCAUUGUCACUGGGUACACUUAAGUCAGACCCGUAAAUGUUAGUUUAUUACAUGGUAAAUAGUCAUGACAUUUGAGAACUUACAGCAUAGUUGCACUUGUAGCAUAAUUAUAACGCUUACUCUGGUUACAAUCCUACAUCCUACACACUGCUAUUACAUCAACGGCUCUGCUGCCCAUGUUGAGAGGAUGCCCCCUAGUGGAUAUUAGAGGUAAGACAGCUGGGCAGCACCACAGCCAAUUAGAAAUGCUAAAAGUUAUUGAAUGUUCAAAUAGCUUCAAAAACAGGCCAACUCAACCACCAACAAAGAAUAAAGAAAGCCUUUUUGGGCAUGAGUGAAAUACUAAACGUUAUAAGACUGCACUCAUUGUUUUGCUACUACACUUCUCUGAAACGUGCUUAGGCAACAAACAAACGUGCUUAGGCACUAGGCCAACACUGUGGGGUUAUACAAUACAACUAUAUUUAAUAUUCAGCAGAGGUAGGCCUAGCCUAGAAUUACAUCUUAAGAUUUACAUUUACAUAUUUUUAGAUUGACAUCUUUA